CUGUUUCCGCCCAACUCCGUUUACAUUUUCCAAGAUGACGGAUCCUACGUCGCCAGAGGAUCACUGGAACAAAACGGACGGGGCUUUCAGUGACAACGGAUUUGAACCCAAUUUCUUGGAGAAUGCAAGAAAAGGUUCUCUGGUUUCCAGGGCAAACAGCAUUGGUUCAACAAGUGCCUCCUCUGUGCCAAAUACAGAUGAUGAAGACAGUGACUACAGACACGAGACCACCUUUAAGGAGUCAUAUAAAGAUCGACGCAGGCAGGCACACACACAGGCGGAACAGAAACGCAGGGACGCCAUCAAGAAAGGGUACGAUGAUCUCCAGUCAAUAGUGCCUACCUGUCAACAGCAGUCUGACUUAGGGACACAGAAGAUCAGCAAGGCUACGGUCCUGCAAAAAACGAUUGACUACAUACAGUUUCUGCACAAGGAGAAGAAGAAGCAGGAGGAGGAAGUGUCCACGCUGAGGAAGGAAGUGAUGGCGCUGAAGAUCAUGAAAACGAACUAUGAGCACAUAGUGAAAGCUCACCAGAACAACCCCCAGCAGGGUGAAGAGCAGGUGUCGGACCAGAUCAAGUUCAGCAUCUUCCAGAGCAUCAUGGACUCGCUGUUCCAGUCAUUCAGCAGCUCUGUGUCUGUGAGCAGCUUCCAGGAGCUCUCUGCCUGCACCUUCAGCUGGAUCGAGGAAUACUGCAAACCCCAGAUUCUGAGAGACUUUGUGGUGGGAGUGCUUCGACAGCUAAAUGGACAGUUGUACUGAAGCCGACACAGUGCAGCUUUAGGACUGGGAUGUUGUCAGAGACUGGGCCAGGGUCAGGGCCCAGCUCUGUCCCCUCAGGGUGAGGGAAAGAGAAACCUGUAGCAUCAGUUUCCCUUCUCCCUUGUAAGCCUUUAUAAUAUUCACAUAUUUAAGUCACUGUCAACUCUAUUGAAGCAGAGAUCGGCAGCUCUUGUCCUGUGAUGUCAUGCAUUUAGUCUAUGAAUGGUCUGUUCUGUGGAAGGCCCAUACCGUUACUCAUCUAAGGUUUGUGGGUUUGUUAGACUGGUGUAAUCGCACAAGGAAAAUCAUUAUUAUUGUUUGUGACUAAGCAAUUUUCUGUUAAGUUUAUGAAUAAAUAGAAAAUUAUAUCUGUAAUAAUUGAAAGAAUUCUUAAUGGGUAAGUCUAGCCAUGUGGAACACAUAUUAGAUGUGCAUUUUCAGUGUUCAUUAUGAGCGCAAGUCUUUGGUCCAGAUCCAUGUUUGAUUUGUAAUUGGUUUCUCCAGACUAUGGCUUGGAUGCAGUUCAACUUGUAGAACACUUGAGUAUGAGUUGCAUUUGCUCUUGUCCAUAAUACUCGAAGGUUCAUGUGUGGAAUGUGUUGUCUUGUGUAUAAACUACUAUGUGCAGGUGUUAGAGUUGCAUAGAAGACAGGUCCUUUUGUAUAAAAAAUAUUUUUACUUUGUGCUUUUAAAAUUUAAAAUGCAACAGCAUGCAAAGCUGUUCCCAUAUUUUGUUAGCCUUUAGUUCCCUUUUGGGUUACAAGAGUUCAUAUUUUAGACAACGAAGCUGAAUAAUUUUUAAAGACAUUUUCAGGAAUAAGCCAUCUUUGCUGACUGCUGAAGUUUAAAUCUAAAAUGUGCAAGUUUUUGUUACGUGGAGUGUAGUCCAGAUUCAGGUCUCCUUUAUGAAAGUGCCUUUGACAUUGAUUAGAACUUUUGACAUUUACUUUCUGUAUCAAACUAUCAUAGUAAUAGCUAACCGAAAACGUCAACCUCAGUCCAAAUUCAAUUAAAAAGUGGACACAAUUAUUUGAAUGUUUUGUUUGUCACAAAUGUGAUUGCUGUUAUCGAUGUUGUACAUUUUUAAAUAUAGACCUCAAUUACAACUUUUCAUUCUUUUCAUAACACAAAUACAACAUGAUUUGAUGAAAUUGCCAUUAUAUCUGCAUUAGCAGAUACAUUGUACAAUUUCAGUUUGUAGUUUUCAAUAGGAUAAUAUAAAAACCAAACUCAAACAUUGAAGAAUGUAAGAAAAAUAAUAAUUUGAUCUGGCUAAAGAUACUUUGUACCGACCAUGUAGGGCAACCAAACAACUGUGAAUGGUCCAUUUGUGAACUUAAGUCUUUAAAAAGGGAUGAUUCUGUUGUUGUGUGGUGAUUAUUAUCAUGGUAUGAAUAAAUCAGGUCUAAUGUUGUUACAAUGUUCUAUGCACGGAUAAAAGAAAUUGAGCUAUUUUUGUAUGAAUGAUUUUGAAUAGCAAAAUAAACAAUGUUCAAAGUAUA